CGCUUGAGCAAUCUGAACAAUGACUCUGCGCGAGAGGAUGAUCCGAAGCCGGAGAGAAGUGUGAUUUAACACCGUUACUGAAUAUCGCGCUGCCUUUAACGUUCUUUUCAACACAAACACCAUGAAUAUGUGGAUGCCCACAGAAAACGAGAAAUACGGAGUCGUGCUGGCCAGUUUCCGGGGGACGGUACAGCAUGGCUUGCCCCUGGAGAUCGGGGAUACGGUGCAGAUCCUGGAGAAAUGUGAAGGCUGGUACAGAGGAUUCAUCCUGAAGAACCCAAAUGCCAAGGGGAUUUUUCCUUGCAGUUACAUCCAUCUGAAAAAUGCUCAUAUCAAGAAUAAAGGGCAGUUUGAGCUGGUGGUGCCAACCGAAGACUCUGUUAUUACCGAGAUGACGUCCACACUGAGGGACUGGGGUGCCAUGUGGAAGCAGCUCUUUGUGAAAAAUGAAGGCGAUCUGUUUCACAGACUGUGGCACGUCAUGAAUGAGAUUUUGGAUCUGAGGCGACAGGUUCUGGUUGGUCACCUGACUCACGACCGCAUGAGGGACGUCAAACAGCACAUCACAGCACGACUGGACUGGGGGAAUGAGCAGCUGGGUUUGGACCUGGUACCCCGGAGGGAAUUCAGCAUGGUCGACCCGGACGAAAUCAGCGUUACCGAGCUCUACCGACUGAUGGAGCAUCGGCAUCGGAAGAAAGAAACUCCAAGUCCUGUCAGCACACAUCACCUGUUUGUCCAUUUGAAGAGUCUGAUGAGCUCAAACCUGGGUGAAGAACUGGAGGUCUUCUUCUUCAUCUAUGAUAGUCGAGAAAGCAAACCACUCAGUGAACGGUUCUUUGUUAAACUCAAUAAAAAUGGUCUGCCCAAGUUUCCCGAGAAGACAGAAAGACAAAGCACAAUUUUUGUGGAUAUCGGGAGUGGAGACCUGAGAAAAGACGUGUAUAUUGUCGUACACAUCAUAAGAAUUGGGCGAAUGGGUGCAGGAGAGAAGAAGAACACAUGUAAUGUUCAAUACAGGCGUCCGUAUGGCUGUGCUGUGGUCAGUAUCGCUGAUCUUCUCACUUCUGACUCGAAAGAUGACCACCUGCUGAAGAUUUAUGCUUGCAACACAGAAAGCGACUGGAGUCAAAUUCACGAAAACAUUAUAAAGAAGGUGAACUCCAGAUACAACCUCUCAGGGUCCAACACAGGCCUGGCAGUGGCUCUCCAGUUGUUACACGGUGACAUCGAACAGUUGAGGAGAGAAUAUUUGGUCCUCUUUACCAGAGGAGUCUCCAUCACCAAAAAACUGGGCUUCUCUGAUGUCAUCAUGCCAGGUGAAAUGAGGAAUGACCUGUAUGUUACGCUGGAGAAGGGGGAGUUCGAGAAAGGAGGGAAGAGUGUGGCGAGAAACGUGGAGGUCACCGUCUACGCUCUGGAUGCUGAUGGGCAGAUUCUUAAGGGUUUUGUGGCCGUGGGAUCGGGCGAGCCAGGCGGAGAUGAGUAUCACACCUUUGUGCUGUACCACAACAACAGCCCGCGGUGGGCUGAGCUAAUCAAGCUGCCCAUCCCCGUUGAUAUGUUCCACGGCUCGCAUGUUCGUUUUGAGUUCCGCCACUGUUCCACUAAAGACAAAGGGGAAAAGAAGCUCUUUGGAUUCUCAUUCGUUCCUCUAAUGCAGGAAGAUGGGCGGACUUUGCCGGAUGGCACCCAUGAGCUCAUUGUUCAUAAGUGUGAAGAGAAUGCUAACCUGCAAGACUGUGCGCGCUACCUCAAACUGCCUUUCUCUAAAUCAAAUCUGCCCGGCAACAACCAAACUGUGAAAGGCAGUAAAGAAUCUCUCUGGAUCACAUCUUUCCUGUGUUCUACCAAGCUCACUCAGAACGGUGAUAUGCUGGACUUACUGAAGUGGAGAGCUCACCCGGAGAGAAUCAGUGACAGUCUGUCAAAACUCAAAGAGAUCGAUGGCUCAGAAAUAGUGAAGUUUUUACAGGACACACUGGAUACACUUUUUGGUAUUUUGGAUGAGAGCUCACAAAGAUAUGCACUCAAGGUGUUUGAUUGUCUGGUGCACAUUAUAAACCUGCUCCAGGAUAGCAAGUUUCAGCAUUUCAAACCAGUUAUGGACACCUACAUUGAAAGCCACUUUGCAGGAGCCCUGUCAUACAGGGAUCUGAUCAAGGUGCUAAAGUGGUACGUAGACCGCAUUAUUGAAGCUGACUGUCAAGAACACAUCCGACAGGUGCUACAGGCGACAGAGUACAUUUUUAAAUAUAUUAUCCAAUCUCGGUGGCUGUUUGCACUAGCCACAGGGGGACAGAACGAAGAGGAGUUUCGAUGCUGUAUGCAUGAGCUGUUCAUGUCCAUAAGCUUCUUCCUCUCGCAGGAGAACAAAAGCUCGCAGCCCAUCAUUCAAACACAGACAGUGUUUUUACAGUCAUUCCCGGCUGUGUAUGGAGAGUUGCUGAAGCUUUUUACUGUAAGGGAAGUGGCCACGUUUGUGCGCGAGACAUUGGGCAGCCUCCCCACCACUUCCCAAACAGACUGCCCCCUGGAGGCCAUCAAACUGCACUGCAUCGCCAAAACCGUCGACAGCCAACUCUACACCAACCCAGAGUCUAGAUGUAUCCUGCUGCCGGUGGUGUUGCGUUUGCUACAGGCUCAUAUGCAGGAACAAAAAGAUCUCUUCAUGUGUGCUCACAUCCUUACCUGCAUGCUGUCUCUACUCAAGAAGGAAGACACGGAGCCGACUGUAUCCGAGGAGGUCGACCUGAUUGUGGAGAGUGUUUUGGGUGUGUUACUGCGGACAAUACUGGAAGUCGCUAACCGACCCCAUCCACCAGGACCCACACUUCGCCCCCAGAUUCAAGACGUUACGGGAGAGUUUGUGUCAUGUCUUCUGGCUCUGUUGAGGCACAUGAAGGAUCGACACUACCAGCAGCUUCUGCAGAGCUUCACAAGUAAAAACGAUCUGCGGGAUUUUCUGCUCCAUAUGUUCACCGUGUUUCGGAUCCUAAUAAGGCCAGAGAUGUUCCCGAAAGACUGGACAGUCAUGCGACUUGUCACUAACAAUAUCAUCAUCACCACUGUGCUCUACCUGUCAGAUGCUUUAAGGAAAGACUUCCUUAAUGACAAGUUCGACUAUAAGGUAUGGGAUUCUUAUUUCUGCCUGUCUGUCAUCUUCAUCAACCAGCCUUGCCUUCAGCUAGAGACCUUCUCUGCAUCUAAGAGGAAGAAAAUACUGGAAAAGUAUGGAGAUAUGCGUGUAAUGAUGGGAUGUGAGAUAUUCAGCAUGUGGCAGAAUUUAGGAGAGCACAAGUUAAAUUUCAUCCCAGCGAUGAUCGGUCCGUUCCUGGAAGUGACGUUGGUACCCCAACCUGACCUGAGGAAUGUCAUGAUCCCGAUAUUUCAUGACAUGAUGGACUGGGAACAGCGCAGAAGUGGCAACUUCAAACAGGUGGAGGCGAAACUUAUUGACAAGCUGGACAGCCUUAUGUCAGAGGGGAAAGGAGACGAGACAUAUAGAGAGCUCUUCAACAGCAUUCUGUUGAAGAAGAUUGAGAGAGAAACCUGGCGAGAGAGCGGAAUAUCACUCAUCGCCACGGUUACACGACUUAUGGAGAGACUGCUGGACUACAGGGACUGUAUGAAAAUGGGAGAAGUGGACGGAAAGAAGAUUGGCUGUACAGUCAGUCUGCUGAACUUUUACAAAACAGAGCUGAAUAAAGAGGAAAUGUACAUCCGGUACAUUCACAAGCUGUAUGACCUGCACCUGAAAGCUCAGAAUUACACAGAGGCCUCAUACACACUUCUACUCUAUGACGAGCUGUUGGAGUGGUCCGAGAGACCCCUGAGGGAGUUUCUGAGUUAUCCCAUGCAGAGCGAGUGGCAGAGGAAAGAAAACCUGCACCUCAUCAUCAUACAGAACUUUGACCGUGGAAAGUGUUGGGAAAAUGGCAUCAUUCUGUGCAGAGAGCUGGCUGACCAGUAUGAAUCCUACUAUGAUUACAGAAACCUCAGCAAAAUGAGGAUGAUGGAAGCCUCAUUUUACGAUAAAAUAAUGGACCAGCAGCGUCUGGAACCUGAGUUCUUCAGAGUGGGUUUCUACGGCAAGAAGUUCCCCUUCUUUUUACGGAAUAAGGAGUUUGUGUGUCGUGGUCAUGACUACGAGCGGCUGGAGGCAUUCCAGCAACGCAUGCUCAAUGAGUUCCCACAUGCCAUCGCAAUGCAACACGCCAACCAGCCCGACCAGACCAUCUACCAGGCUGAAGCCCAGUACCUGCAGAUCUACGCUGUCACACCAAUCCCAGACAGCCAGGACGUCCUGCAGCGAGACGGCGUCCCGGACAACAUCAAGAGCUUCUAUAAAGUCAACAAAAUCUGGAGGUUCCGCUAUGACCGGCCAUUUCACAAGGGCACCAAAGACAAGGAGAAUGAGUUUAAGAGCCUGUGGGUUGAAAGGACAACGCUAACGCUUGUUCAAAGUCUACCCGGCAUCUCACGGUGGUUUGAAGUGGAGAGGAGAGAGCUGGUGGAAGUGAGUCCGUUGGAGAACGCCAUCGAGGUGAUCGAAAACAAGAACCUGCAGUUACGGACCUUGAUCACGCAGUGCCAAACACGACAGAUGCAGAACAUCAACCCUCUGACUAUGUGUCUUAAUGGAGUCAUCGACGCCGCCGUCAACGGAGGUCUCGCUCGCUAUCAGGAGGCAUUCUUCGCGAAGGACUACAUCAUGAAUCACCCGGAAGACGGUGACAAGAUCGGCCGUCUCAGAGAGCUCAUGUUUGAACAGGCUCACAUAUUGGAGUUUGGUUUGGCUGUGCAUGAGAAAUUCGUACCUCAGGACAUGAGGCCCCUGCAUAAGAAACUGGUGGAUCAGUUUCACCUAAUGAAAUCAAGCCUUGGCAUACAGGAGUUUCCGGCAUAUGUGCGGGCCAGCCCGAUCCACUUCACCAAUGGAAGCCUUCAUACUGGCAGGAACUCAGCGCCCAACAUCAUGAGUCCAGAGGGAGGUGCGCGUGUGGUGGCGCGACACAGUCCCCUAAGCUAUCCAGCAGUCAACCGCUACUCUUCGUCAUCGCUGUCAUCACAGGCCUCCAAUGAAGUGAGCAACAUCACUGGCCAAUCAGAGAGCUCCGACGAAGUCUUCAACAUUCAGCCAAGUCCAUCUACCUCAAGUCUCAGUUCCAAUCACUCUGCCUCUCCGAACGUGACCAGCUCGGCUCCAACCAGUGCCAGAGGUUCACCGCAGUUGUCAGAUAAACACAAACAUUCCCGAGAGAACUGCCUCUCACCCCGAGAGAGACCCUGCAGUGCCAUAUAUCCAAACCCCCUGGAUCCUACACAGAGGCCUGUUCCUCACACAGCGGGCGACGCAUUCUUACCACGCAGUGAUCCAAACAUCUCCACCCCCGAUAAAGUGGUCAAGCCUGCAGCUAGUAGCUGGAGUCUAGACACAUCGCUCUCUGAUUUAAACGGAAAGUGCCCCCCUGUCCCUCCUAGGCCACCAUACACAGGGUCUCCAGCCAAGACAAGAUCGCAGUCCCCUGUGAUGACAUCACGCUCCCCUCAAAAGAGUGCGGUGCCCCCGUUUACCCCCUCACCCACAGAAUUCCAGUCUUCAGGGCUGGUGUCAAACUCGCCGGUGCUUUCGGGAAGCUACAGUAGUGGCAUCUCCUCUCUCAGUCGCUGCAGUGUCUCUGAGGCCUCAGGUACCGAGACAACGCCCGCAGACCAUGCCCUCCCAAACUCUGCCUCCAGUGGCUCAGAUGAGCUCUUUCGACGGGAGAACAAGACACCGCCUCCUUACAGCAUCCACGAGCGAAACCCCCGCAGGCAGGUGCCACUUCCCCCAAGCCUGGCGAUUCACACAAAUAUCGACGCACCGCCCAUUCCACCGAAACCCCAACAGAUUCGAAGGCAACACACUGAACCACGUCGACCCGACCAGUUUCCCAGACCCAGACCAAUUCCGAGGAAAGUCUCGCAGCUCUAAUGUUGCACCCCGAACACCAAUCCUACCAUUUGCACUUUCACAUUAAAAGGGAUAGUUCACUCAAAAAUAAAGAUUUUUACAUUUACUCACCCUCAUGUCAUUCCAAACCUGAAUUACUUUUUUAUAUGGAUCACAAAAGGAGAUGUUGGGCAGAAUGUCAGCCCCAGUCACUUUUAUUGUAUGGAGGAAAAAAAGAUGCAGUGAAUGUGAAUGGUGACUGGGGCUUUACUGUACAUCUCGUGUUCAUAUGGGUUAGGAAGAACAUGAGAGUUAGUAAAUGAUGACAGAUUUUUCUUUUUUGCAUGAACUAUCUCUUUAAUCUCUCUGGGUUUACAAAUCCAAACUCCCAGUUUAAUGUAACAAUUUUUUUAUUAUUUUUGUUAAAUAUGUGUAUAAAUAUAUUUAGAGUGAGAGAGAGGAUAAAGGGGUAUGACUGCAUUUUUAUGCACUUUUUAGGUAUUAAUUGUAGGUUCACUUGUCAGAUAUCUUAAGCCUCUGAAUUAACUCUAAAACAUGGUAUUUUAAAAGAUUUUUCAUAUAUUUAUCAAUGCUAAUAUGUGUAAUAGUGGUUGAUACUAGACAAAGUUUUGCCUUAAGAUUUAAAAACUGUCUUUUAAUCAAUGGUUAAUGCACAAUCUAAACUUAAAGUACUUUGUACUUUAUAUAUAGCCAAAUGGUGCUAGAAUUCAUCUACAUUAAUGUCAGCACUGAAUAUUUUCCCAGAAUCGUUUUUUCUUUGGAAUUAGGUUGCUGCUUUUGUAAAAAAAAUAAUUUCACCAUGGUCUCUGUUGUCAUUUCUAAAAAUCCACGGGUCUCUCAAAGGUUAGACAAAUCAGUACAAUUUCACAGUUUAAACUCUGCCAUCCUUGCUAAUGUGAAAAUGCUUUAAAAAUAAGUUUAAUCAAGAGUUGUAUCUCCCUCCCGUCUUUCCAAUUGGAGUGGGCAGAGCAAUGCAUGCUCAUUAAAUCCAGUAAGCAUUGACGGUUGGGGGCUGUAUGUGGUCGGAGUGAGUCCUAGCUAGAGUUUGCGCAUGGAGCGCCUUUGCCCACACAGUGUAAAUGCAGAUGGACUUUCGAGGAGUUCUGCCAAGUGUCGUGCCAAAGGAACAAGUGGGCUGUAAGGAAAUGGAUGUCCUGAACUCGAAGAUGCUCUUUUAGGAUGCAAAUUGAGUGUUAGACAUUCACUGUAAUAGACUCCACUGUAAAAACUUGCGGAGCGACUACUUUAUGGCACUGAAUUGCUGCUGGAUGUCUAGGAAGGGUACAGCCCAAAAAAAGAGCUUGAAAUUAAAGGUAAUUUAUCUGCCCACAGAUAUUACAGAGAUUUAACCUGCCAUUGGAUAAUAAGGGCUCACAUUCAUGUUCACACUGAAUCCGAAUUGCAUUCCAAUACAAAACUGGAUUGGCACAUCUGGAAAGUCCUCUUCCUUUGAUCUAAUUUACUAGUAAGAAUUUUAGUAGCAGAUUUUUAAUGAUGAUUAUACAUUUUCGCAUAUGCCUUAACAUGCAUAGAUGCUUUUGUAGACAUGUUUACACUGCUCAAAUUCGUAGUGUAAAAUUUGCAAAAAGCACUAAUGAAUGUUGGUGCAUUAUGCAUGAGAAUUUAAUUUGUUGUCUGAAUGUUGCCAAGUUAAUUAUACAGGUUUUUUUUUUUUUUUUUUUUUUUUUUUUUUAAGGCCCUGUAAAGUAAAUAAUAGACCUUAUUCAUGCUAGUGCCAUCUUUGAUUUUUAAUGGGAAUGACAACGAGGCUGUGAGGGACUGUCUUCAAUGGCACGAACAGUAUAAAGCUCCUAGAUCAGGGGUUCUCAACGGGGGGGCGUUGAGAGCAAAUUAGUAGAGAGGAGGGCGUUUAUCAGUCAAUCAAAUCUAUCGUCAAGUUCCUCCUUGAAUUAAAACGGUUAUCUACACUUUGAGGAUAUCAGUUGGUUCUCGAUUAUACGGGUUGGUACGCAUUCAUACCGCGGUUCAUCUGAUUUUGAAGUCUAGCGGCGCAUCUGAACUAUCUGGUUUAGCAGCGUCAAAUAAACAGGCGGAGGCACAACCUCGGCUAAUGCACCUGUAUGGCUCUGUAGAUGGAUACGGCUCAAUGGACAGAGCAGCACGAGCGAAAAGCUCUUAAAACUCGAGCUCUUAAACUCAAAGCUUUGCGAGUAUCAGUGAGAAGCAAGGCGCGAAGCGUAAACCAUUUGAAUUCGGCACAGAAUUCUACAUCACCACCCUUGAAUUUACUAUAGUAACACUAACUGUACUUUAGGCAGAAAUAGAUUGAUAAUAAAUAUUAUCAUAUCACUACUUCAGCUGAAUUAAAUUUGUCAUAGGCUACAUUAGGGGAGUGAGGGAAUAUAAUACAUUUUUGUUACAACUUAUAAAUAUUUAUAUUUUUUAUUUAUUGUUUUUAGAUGUAUUUAGAGUAGCUCUACUUUUUAUAAUUACAAAAAUGCCAUAGUUUGUUUUAUAGAAAUCAUGUUACAUCUAAACAUUGUAGUGAAACAGAUCCAUGCUUCCAUGUGUUUACUAUGGUCUUGUUACAAAUCACUGUUAAAACUAUAAAAAUAAAUAAUUAAUGAAUAAAUUAAAAUUUUCAAAAAGGCAAAUGUAAAAUAUAUUAACUAUCACUUUUAUUAUUAGUUUCUGUCUUCGCAUUUUCAUUUUAUAGCCCCCAGAUGUAGCCCUCCAUCUGCUUGAAUUCAAGAAACGCAACGUUUGGUCUCACAUUCAUGAUGCGUAAGCCUGCUGAACUUAAUAAAACUUUAAAUGUAUGCAAUGCAAUGAAGUUGCAUUGAGCAAAUUAAGCAAAUAACACAUUGGGGGGGGUGGUAAGGGAAUGAAGUAGGGGGGUGUUCAUCAAAAAAAGGUUGAGAACCACUGUUCUAGAUCACAUCUGUUUUUCCACAACUCACUGUCUGGAGCUCUUUGUAUACUGAAUGUUAUUUUAUCAAUGUUUUGUCCAUGGAACGAUCCAAAAACACUUUAAACUGCAGUACAGCCAAUUGAAGUGAAGUCUAUCCUUCACAGUUGUCAUUCCCAUUUAAAAUCAAAGAUGGUGCUGAUGUGAAAAAGGUCUAUGGUGAAUAUAUAAAAGGAGCGAGAUCAGCUAUUUUUUGCAUAAAAAAAAAAAAAAAUGUGAUCAGAUAACUCGAUUUGUCAAAUUAACGUAAGUAUUUUUAUUUUCACCUUUUUUAUGAUUGCGAGUUGAGAGACUGAUUUGUUGCAAAUGCCGAAUGAAGACAUUCAUAAAAAUCAAUACUUAAGUUCAGAACUGUAAAUGAACUAACAAGAUUGUUGUAAUUAUGCCAAAUGCAAUAUCUUGUCUAUUGUAAAUACUGUGUUUUUAACAGAAAAAAAGUGUAGCUAUAGCAAAUUUACAGCUUUGAAUGUUUGAACAGCAAAUUAAGAUGAUAAAUGUCAAAUAUUUAUGUAUUUUGUAAGCGUAGAGAAAAUGAGGUCGAACACAUUUACAUUCUAAUGACUUUCUGUCUAAUAAACGUUUCCAACA